CCCAAGUCUGUCGUGACUUACCCCGUUCAGGCUUGUCUGCAGGUUCUCCAGGAUUCACCACCACUUACCAACACCACCAUCAUUCUUCCAUACCGACUGUUCACAUUUCACCUACCUCCAUUAGUCACUUCUGCAUCUUAAAAUCUUUCUUUGCAUACGGUCCUUACACCGUCCAUAUUCUCGCAUCUUCUUUGAUCCUGUUGACAAUCUUGACGUUGAUUUCCUUCUCGUCCGCUUCAUCGCUGAUCGAACGUCGACAUCAUCGGCAUUAAAGCACCACGUCGAUCGCCCCCGAACACGCUGGCCUCCGCUACCUUCCCCCUCUUCGACCCCUCGAGACGCACCUCACGUCCUUUCAUACGUUGCAUCGUUCCCUGCAUCAGCUUUUCAUUCGAAGCCUCGUUCCAGUUGGCUUGCUGACCUGAAAAGAGUCACCAAGCUGACUGGGUCUGAGCUCGAUCCUCUUGAGGACUACCUACAUGCCACGAAACCCUGCUGCGAAGAAGAGCAACAAUCGUCAUGAGAACGGCCUCGUAGGGCCAGGCAAACGUGUUACAAAACAAAAGUCGAAUGGUCAUCUCAAUGGCGCCGCAAAGGGUGCUGGCCCCUCCGAGUCCGUUCCUUUUCUACCAAGACAAGACCCGACUCUAACAUCGCCCUCAAACGAAGACUCUUCUUCCGGCCAUCCUGAGGCAGACCACGACCCCAUCAAGACAUCAUCCCUGCAUAGUGGCAAACCGCACGAUCUGGAUCUCUCUGCGGCGAAGGACCUGGACCACCACCCGAGGCGCGACACGAAUGGGUCUACCAUGUUACAAAACCGAAGAGGAGAUUUGCCCAGUGCCAGGCCUCGAUCUGGUUAUGACCUCAAUGCCUUUCAACUUGCCAACACAAUUUUGAGAUCUCGUCCUGCUUGCGAUACCAUCUCAUUACUCAUAGUCCUCCUGGCAUUGCCCUCCAUGAUCUUGACCAUCGUCCAAGCUCUUUUCGCCUCUUUGACUCUUAUGCCUGGUGGCGGCGCUCCGGUCUCAUUGUUCUCCCUGCUCGACAUCUUCCAAGGCCCUGCUGGCGCCCCAAGUAUCAGCACCAUUGCCGUGGUCGAUGUGUUCGGCUUCGCACUUUGGAUUUGUCUUUGGAAUUGGGCUCAGAACUUUGCUCUGGACCUGGCUCAGAUUCAGAUUGCUAUUACCUUGGGCAAUGGAAAUGCCGGGAAAAGUGGAGGUAUAACAACCUUUUGUUUCGCUUCAAUCCUGGUGCUACACUCGGUGCGAAGCAGAGGUGUGCGUCGCUUCCUCUUCUCCAACUUCGUCCCCGUGGACUUUCUUUCCCAAAUCGGUCUUGGCGAUUAUCUUAGAUACCUGCCGUCUGAUGCCGACUUUGGUCAGAGCCCUGGUCAUCCGUCAAAGAUUCGCAGUCUAUUUGCAAUUCACAUUGUCAGUCAAGCAAUCAUGGCCUUCGCUCGCCGCAAGAUCACCUCGAGUAACCAACCUAUCGGGACCGUCAAAUCGAAGCGCAUCGACACUGAAGCCCUCGCAGGUUCUGUAUCAGAUACCUCGGGCCUCGAUAAUAGUGUUGCAACCGGGAUGUCUUCCAGCAUUGAUUUUCAGCCUCCACUAACCCCAGGUUUCAAGGAUGGAAAAGAGAGAACUUUGACCGCCAAAAAGCGAAGACGUUAUGCCAAUCAGAUCAGAAGCAGACAACCAUUUUGGGCUGCCCUUGCCAGUACCAAAGUACAUGUUUUAAGAGAGGUCGAGCACAAUAAAGGCCUGCCAGCAGUCACAAACAAUCAAGGCAACCCGUUUGAGGUGGCACACGAAGAUCGAGUAUGGAUUACAGAGGUCCGGCCGUCAAGCAUAUCGUUCGAUGCCAUCUAUCUAUCAGCCAACGAUCAAACCCAAUCAUCUGAAUCACGACCAUUUCAUGUACGAAUCAAUGAUGCUAAGUGGCAUUCAGUCUGCCUUGAAGCCCUGGACUCUAAUGCAGUGUCUGACACUAUGGUUGGUCAAUGGUCUGGUGUAAUAUCCGGGCUCGCUCCAAAUUGCACCUACACCUGUACAUUUUUCCGUGGCGAAGGAGACGAAGAAUUUGCCUCUGUCAUGGUGAAGACCCCGCUCUUGCUCGAUAAAGAUGUGCCGUCCAGCCUGGUUUCUAUGCCUGUCCGUCAAUCAACUCGUCCAUCGUCCCCCACCACUACUUUGAAAAACUCCAUAUCCACUGCAGAGGCAAAAACCAAUGAUGCGAGAAAUCGAUUCCACAAAGCACGACGUCAGCACAAAACGCUGCAGCUUAAGCUCGAGAAGGAAAUCGAAGCUUUGCAAGCCAGACUCAAGAGCUCCAACGACGACAAUAAGCACAGGCAAAAGCUGUUACAAGCCGAGCGCAGCCAGGAGCAGACUCAUGAGCUCAUCAGUGCGCUUGAUGCUCAGUUGGAAGGCUUAAAGGCUGAACCGGAUGAGACGAUCGACAAUUACGCCAGUUCGAAAGAGGCGUACGAACACCAAAUCAAACUGCUCGCUGAGGCAAACGAGUCAUUGGCCAAAGCUCGCUCGGAAGCUAGCAAUGGUCUGUCAGCUGCAAAUAACGACCUCCACACUGUUGUUACGCGAAAGGAACGCCUGAGUGCGCGCAAUACCAAGCUCACAGAACAGCAUGAUCGUAUUACCCAUGCAAAUGUGCAAGGUUUGAAUGAAAAAGAGCGCAAGGCUGCUGACUCCAACGCGAAAGACUUGGACCAUCAAAGACGCGAGGUUGAGCUGGUUGCACAGAUUCGCGUGAUGGAGACCGAGGCACAAAAUGCUCGGGCACGAUGGGAAGCCAACUGUCGCGAGUUGGAAGUACUUGAGAAGCAAGAUUGGCAACAACGACAACUCAUGCUUCAAAGCAGCGGACCAUUGACGCCCGAAGGGGACCUCCCUGGAACUCGACCUCAGCCACAACAUGCACGACCGUAUGCCUUCGGUAGUUUCCAGGCAUUUCCUAAUAGUCCAGUUGUCCCUGAGGUUAACAGCUCUCCGUUCCUUGCUUAUGCAAAGACCCUUCCAUCGAGCGAUGCACGUCGACCUAGGUCUGAUACCAACCGGUCCAUUGGAGGACUUAGCAAUUUCUCUGCCGAGUUUGAAGAUGCCGACCCAAUUCCUCCGAUGCUAUCAAACUCGGAAUAUGAUGUGCCAGACAGAAAGGGUAGCGGGAGCAGUCGAGGACAACACAACGGCAGCCCGGCAACGGGAGCAAUGGGCAUUGCAUUUAGCCCACAGCGAGGCAGCUAUAGCCCAGCUCAAAUGCCAGGCUCGACUACUUGGUGAUGUGUGAUAUGCAUGAGGGCGAGUUAGGCCGCCAUUGUGUCAACAGGGCUUAGAAGCCUAUUUGCAUGGACAAGACGGUUACGUUUCUGGCCUGCUGAUCAGAUAGCCACACAAAAAGUCUUUUGAUUUGG